AUGAGCCAAACCUUGCGUAUGUCUCCGAUUGGCAUUCAGAAUGCCCCAAGGGCCAGUCCAAACGCUAACUCUGCUCCUUCAAGUAUGAGUAACAGUAAGGAAAACGUGACGGAUAGCGAAAACCGCUUCGAGACCUUGAGACCCCCGCUAAACCAUUUGAAGUAUGAAAUGCCCGGCUCGUUCAAGGGGCCCGCUGGACUUGGAUCUCAAUCCAACCGGCUGCACCUGGCAGCUUCGACCGUGAAGCCAGUACUUAGAGACUUGAGUAGGUCACAUAACAGCCAGACCUUGGUGCGGUCAGUCGACGAGGUGAAAAUCUCCCGACAAUCAGAUGUUAGCAUUCUCGAGAUACCACUACGUGAAGACGAAGCUAUAGACAGUCUCCGUAUUGUGAAGGAAGAAUCAAAGAUCUUUGAGGCACCCUUUUCCGUCCCAGGUGAAAUUCCCCGAAACCUUACAGGACAAGUAACCCCCUCAUACCAACUAGGAGAACCAAUAGUUCCCUUUGUAACGGUGCACAUUGAACCAAUGGGGGAGCCAUUGGCAAGUAAUGGAACCCCCUUGGAUUUGAGCAGUGUCGAAAGGCGUGCGGUUGCCGCCUGCGGUCCCUUGUACGAUAUACCGGAGUAUUUUGGGCCCGGAGCAAACGACGAAGCCACCCUUAUGGCGAUUCUCAUGCAAGAAAUGGGAAUCACGACUGAGGACGAUUAUUUUGCCAAGCGUAAAGAGAAAGAUGAGUCAACGACUAACUUUGGCUACCGAUUGAGGUCAUUAAUUCGAGGGCUCUUCCCCACCAGUGAUAUGAGAACGGACGAUCUUUACCGAAAGUAUCCCUGGGCCAAGUACGUCCACAUCGAUGAUACAGACGAUGGUGAGCAGCAUUUACAGGCCAACAAUGAUCCACAAAACAGUGAGGAAUACUGGAUGGACUCUACUCGGGAAAGACACGCAGGGAGGCAUGAGAGUAGUGACGGGGUUGAAAUGCACCAGUUCCGCUCCAAGUCUAGUUCCGACCCGGCUCAGGCAAGCCAUUUGCUGAGAAGCAACACUGUGAAUCUGGUUAAAAGGACAUAUUCAAGUGGGCACAGUUCUCUGUAUCCUCAGCCGAGUGGAUUCCCGGCGGGCCUAUACCAGAUAAAGAAUAGGCAGUUUUAA